AUGGAGAUAGGUUAAUAUAAUGAUUUAAUGCAAUAUGCAUCUUAAUUGGCAGAUUUGGCUUUGAAUGUUGGUAAUUGACCCCAUUUUGAUAAAUAAAUAGGAUUUGUAUUGGGUCCUCUAAUUGGAUACGUGGCUCAAUAUUAAUUGAUUAAGCAAUAAAAGAGUGUGGGGUCAUUCUCAACUGAUGUCUGUGCGAUAUUAUUAUUUGCCAACUUGUUAAGAAUUGUAUUUUGGUAUGAAAAAAGGUUUGAAAGUGCAUUAUUGUAUCAAUCAGUUCUGAUGAUCAUGAUGUAAGUAAUAAAUCAUGCUAAAUUCUUAAGGUGGAAUUAUUAAGGUUAUGUUUGACAAUAAAGAACAAGUCAGUUUAUAAGAACAAACCAGUCUCAUUCUUUGAUAGCCCAUUGAAUAAGUUCUGGAGAUGGAGCUAAUUAAAUUCUUACAUUACAUGUUUGAUCGCCUUCUUAACAUUUGUAUUGAUCGCUAGUUAUUUGAAUCUUGGCAACCCUCAAUAUUGGGAAAUUAUUGGAUUCCUAAGUUGUGCAAUAGAGGUUGAAUUAUGCUGAUAAUGAUUAGGCAACCUUGGGAUUACCUUAAGCCAUAAAGAAUCACACAUCAAAAAGUGUGAAAGGAUUGUCUUACACUAUGAUAGGAUCAUGGUUUUUGGGGGAUGCGUUUAAGACAUUCUACUUUAUAGUGAAAAGCCAACCUGCUUAAUUUGUGAUGUGCGGAGUAAUCCAAUUAAGUGUGGAUAUUUGGAUCAUGCUAUAAAUAGCAGUAUUUAGUUCUAAGAAGAGUGAGUUAGCAGAAUUAUGAUUUAUAA